CAUUUCAAAAUGGCCACUUUCCUGUGAAGAUAAAUACUAAAUAGAUUAAAAACUUUUUAGUACAAACUUAAUCUAGAUGUCUGAUCUAGAUUCUAGAUCUAGUAUAUAGAUUUACAUCAAACCUUGACUAACAUAGAUCUAACUGCAGUGUUGUAUUUAAAUCGAAAAAAAAGACUUAAAAUAAGUUAAAACUAUUAUAAAAGUGUUGUUUUUUUUGGGAAGUUACAUGAGUAUUUAAAGCUUUAUAGAACAUGGCCUCAAUUUUGGACCAGUAUGAAGAGGAAUAUAAUAGAGGUGCAGUCCGGAGACCCAACCAAGUUGGUGAAUUGAUAGGUCCUGGCUUUAGUGAUGCAAGAUUGGACGCAGAUGUGCCCAUUUUCAAUAAAAAGAAAGUCAACUUUAAACCUCAAGAUCCUAUUACACAUCUUGUUGUGGCCAAUAAUUUCCUAGUCAUGGCACAGAGCAGCAACAUUUUGCUUCGUCUUGAUUUAGAGCACCCUGAUCAGCCAGAUGAGGUGGAGCUGCCCCGUUCAGUUGAAGAUAGAAUACACAAGAUAUUCCUGGAUCCCACUGGACGUCACUUGAUUAUAUCAAUGAAUUCUCAAGAUAACUAUUAUUUGUCUAGACAGUUAAAGAAACCAAAACCUAUUGUAAAACUUAAAGGUCAUCUGAUUGAAUGUGUGGGCUGGAACUGGCAAAAUGCUAAUGACAAUACAACAAGUGCUAUUCUCUUUGGCACAAGUCGUGGUCUGAUCUUUGAAUCUGAAUUGUCAUCUUUUGAAGACCGUACUUUCUUUCAAGGCAAUGUAGAGCAGUACUUAAAACAGCUGUUCACACUUCAGGGGAAAGUGACAGGUCUUGAGUUUGACCGCAUGCCAUCAGGAGACAUGACUGUGUACAAAUAUUAUAUUCUGGCCACGACCCCUGGACGAUUGUACCAAUUUAUUGGUCAAGUUUCCCAAUCAUCCGAGCCUCCAAUGUUUUUGUCACUAUUUCAACAAUAUGAAAAUGGGACUGAACACCCUCAAUUUAUAGAACUUCCUGGAGAUUUUGGCUAUAGUGAGCUGCAACUCUUUUUCACAAAGUUUAGACAACCAGCAUGCAAAUUUGCCUGGAUGGCUGGUCCUGGCAUCUAUUAUGGUGACAUCAACGUGAGUGGUUCAUCUCCCUCUUCUGUCUUAGCUAACACCAAACUAAUGAGUUAUGGCAAGAAUGAAGAGACAAAAACUUCCAAGCCAUUAUCUAUGAUACUGACAGAGUUUCAUGUCUUGGUUCUUUAUCCUGACUGUGUGAAGGCUAUCAGUAACUUGAAUGAAGAAUUAGUUUAUGACGACCCCUACCCAGAUCGAGUUGGAAGACUUGUAGGUAUUUGUAAGGAUGUCCUCAAGGGUACCAUCUGGACCUUCAGCGCCAACACUGUCUUCAAAUACAAAAUCACAAAAGAGGACAGAGAUGUAUGGCAGAUGUAUCUGGAAAAAAAUGAAUUUGAAUUAGCCAAGGAGUAUUGUAAGGAUAACCCUAUGCACAUGGACAAAGUUUUAACCAAACAAGCGGAUUACCUUUUCGCUAAUGGCAAAUACACAGAGAGUGCAGCUUUGUUUGCACUCACUCAGAACUCUUUUGAAGAAAUUGCAUUGAAGUUGAUCAAGCUGCCAAAAAAAGAUGCUUUAAAGAUGUUUUUAGAAAAGAAAAUUUCAGCUCUGCGGCCACAGGAUAAAGCUCAGAUGACUAUGCUUGUCACCUGGAUGAUAGAACUUUUCCUCAAUCAACUUGGUGAACUGAAGGAGCAGGGCCAAGAUGCAUCUGCUGAAUUUGAUAACAUGCAGGAAGAGUUUAGAAAGUUUAUGAAUUCCAAUAUCAAAGUGAAAGAAUGUGUCAGUAUCAAUCGAAGUGUUGUGUAUGACCUCAUAGCAAGUCAUGGUGACAUUGAGAACCUGGUCUUCUUUGCAGUUCUGAUGAAAGACUUUGAACGAGUGAUUGGUCACUACAUUCAGCAUGAUAAUUACAAAGAUGCUCUAAAUAUCUUGACCAAACAGUCUGAUAUGGAGCUAUUCUAUAAGUUCAGUCCCUUGUUGAUGCAAUAUGUACCCAAAGAAACUGUGGAGGCCUGGAUUAAACAAGGGAAACAACUGGACCCUAAGAGACUUAUUCCCGCCCUUGUUCAAUAUGACCAUCAGAAACUGAAAGAUCAGGGCAGUGAAGCUAUCAAGUAUUUAGAGUUCUGCAUCCAGAAACUGGAACACAAAGAUCAGGCCAUCCAUAACUUUUUGCUGUCCCUAUACGCCAAACUACAGCCUCAGGACCUGAUGAGAUACUUACAGCAGCAAGGGGAGGACCCUGAGACUAUUUGUUAUGAUGUGAAAUAUGCCUUGCGGCUGUGUGCAGAGUUCAACCUCAAGAAAGCCUGUGUUCACAUUUAUUCCUUGAUGGGACUUUAUGAAGAGGCAGUUGACAUGGCCUUGUGUGUUGAUGUUGAACUGGCUAAACAACAAGCAGACAAACCUGAUGAAGACGAUAAAGACAUGCGGAAAAAACUUUGGCUUCGAAUAGCUCGUCAUGUUGUAGAAGAAGAGAAAGAUAUCAAACGAGCCAUGGAGUUCCUCCAUGAAUGUGACCGUCUCAAAAUUGAAGAUAUUCUGCCCUUCUUCCCUGACUUUGUGACCAUUGACCAUUUCAAGGAUGCCAUCAUUACCUCCCUUCAAGAGUACAACAGCCAUAUUGACAGUUUGAAACAAGAGAUGGAUGAAGCCACACAGAGUGCUGAGGAGAUUAGGAAGGAAAUACAGAGCUUUAGAAACAAAUAUGCUUUUGUCAAAGCUGAAGAUAAAUGCUCAGCCUGUGGCUAUCCUUUAAUGUCAAGGGCAUUUUAUUUAUUUCCAUGUGGCCACAAGUUUCACAUGGACUGUUUGAUUUCUGAGGUCUUACCAAGUCUUCAAUCUUCCAAGAAGAGUCAGGUAGAAGCUCUACAGAGAAAGCUUGCUGAAGGUGACAGUGGUCCAUCACAUAAGACAAUGUCCUCAUCUACCGGAUUGAAGGACAUGGAUGUCAAGACAAAGUUGGAUGAAUUGGUUGCCUCCGAAUGUAUUCUGUGUGGAGAUUUUAUGAUAAGGUGUGUGGAUAAACUAUUUAUUGAAGAAGAUGAAUGGUCAUCAGUUGCUGCUGAGUGGGAAUAGUUGACUCCAUUUGUACUGGGGAUCUAUUGAACUUUCACUACAAUUGUAUGUAGUGGAGAUGUUCUUGUGAAUGCUGACAGAAUAGGAGGCAGUAAUGAGCAAGAGUGUAAGAGUUCGCUCAUACAUUCAUGCAUUGCACAACUUGUAUCAGAUAUAUAUGGGCUACAGAUAGUAAUUUAGGACAUUAUUUUACUGGAUAACAAAAAGGUGGAUUUUAAAAAUAAAAUUAUAAUGACAUGACCUUGACAUUCCAAACCAAAACUUCAAUUUUUGUGUGUGGCUGAGUGACAUAAAUCUCUUAACACGAGGCUCAAGUUCAAAUCCCAACUCAAGCUGAGCUGUAAUUGCCGAAUGCCAAAUGGCAGCACAGAAACCUUCUCCCAGAUCCCCCCUCCUCCCACAAGUCCACAAAGUUCCACAGAGCAUGCCAUAGUAUAAAAAAAAAUUCACUAUGAAAAAAAACAAUUUUCAAAAAGUAAAAAUUGUUCUCAGACUCUAUUUGCUUUAGAGAUCUAUUCAUUUUUAAGUUCUUUAAUAUGUUCAAACUUUUAAUAUGCUCACCCUGCAGCAUACUGUUUUCCUUUUCUGUCAAUUCAUCCUUUUUAGUGCUGCAAAAAUGUGUCUAACAAAUUGUAUUUUGACCGAAGUUGGCAGUCGCAGUGUGUGAUCUUAACAAAAGACACGUUUGUUCUGAAUGGCUAAAAAAUAUUUUCAAAGCUUCUCUAGUUGGCAAUGUGUUUGCUGUGAUAUAUAGUUCAUGUCCUUAUUGUGUGCAAUAUGUUCAUUUGGAUUUCUAAGUGAGAGAAGUGUGUCUGUCAGUGUGGAAACCUGUUUUGUUUGUUGGGUCAUGUUGAUGAGUUCAAUUCAUUGUUCUCACUAGGUUGAAUUAGAACAAACAAAUGUCAAUUCAUGCCAUUAUUUAAUGUCAUCAGUACAACUGUUACAUUAGGUUUACAUUUAAAUAUGUUUGUUUUGGUAAUUCUAAUGAAAUUAAAUUUAUAAAUGACAUUAUUUUAAAAUGUUAACAAUAGUCUACAUUAAAUACAUAAAAAAAUCACAAAUCACAA